CCACAACCAAGGCACAUGCCCUUGACGGGAAUAGAACCUGGGACCUUUCAGUCAGCAGGCCGACGCUCUAUCCACUGAGCCACACCGGUUAGGGCCCCAAUUACGUUUGCUAAUGGGCAGCUUGGUGGAGGCUGUCCCUCGCCCGAGACACAGGUCAGGCGUGGUCUGUCUUUGGUGUAGGAGGGUGGGCCACGUGGCGGGGGCGGGGGAAGGCGGGCCAGUCCCGUCCUCCGCCUCCUGUGGGCUCCCCGUCCCCUAGCUGAGGGAACUGAGGGGGACAGGUGCUCUCCCUGCGGGAGAAGAGGAGACAAGCUCUGACCUUGAAAGGCGCCGGCUCAGAGGAGCGCCCCCGCCCCCCCCCCCCCCCCCCCCGUGAGGUGCCCGCUGCGGGAGCCGAGUCCUUAGGACUGGUGGACCCCAACAGGUGUCCUGAGGGGGCUGGCCCUCUGGCCGGCUCGUCCCUGCCCCUGACUUCACCCCUGCUCUGAUGUCACAGCACAGCAGCUCCGCUGUUGCCAUGGCAGCGGCCCGCCCGGUUCACCAGCUGGGCGGCCCAGGCUGCCAGAGGCGGUGGGAGCUGCGUUCCAGCCAGCCUGGGUCGGGGGCCCGGGCUGAGGCCCCGGUGUGUCCGCCCGCGCCGCUGCGGGGGUUCUCUGCGCCCAGCGGCCCGGUGAGGCGGCCGGGCUCCUCGAUGGGGAGGGGCGGAGGGACUCUGACCCCGGCGGGGGCUGGAGCCUGUCAGGUCCGGGGACGCGGAGAUGGACAGGGCAGACGGGUAGGAAGCCGCCCGUCGGCUCGGCCGUAAGUGGCCCACCUGGUAGCCCGGUGUCUCCCGGGGCGGGGCCGGGCCUGGUGUGCGUCUGUGAGCUGGUCCAGGAGGUGAGGUGACGUGAGCCCGGCUUGUCCCCGAGGCUCCCGCCGGGUGGGGAGAUGGCCAGAGCGCCCCGAGCCGCGCCCGGAUGUGGGGGAACCAGCUCAGGGCCUGGUGCGGACGCCUGUCCUGCCGUGGCCGCCCCCCCCCCCCAGCCCCCCGGUGAUUCUGAUGCAGCCGCCAGCACCCAGCCGGCUCCAGGUGCCGCCCGCCCCCAGCACCCAGCCGAGAGUCAGGAGGGGGCCGGAAGCGGAGCUCUGGGCAGCAGGCUGGGGGGCACAGCGUGUUUUAGAGGCUGGGGUCCCGGGAAAGGUUUUAAACGUUUCUGACGUUUGUUUUAUCUGGGCUUGGCUUGGAUGCCUCCAGUGAUGGGUGUCUCACUACCUACCAACGCAGCCCAAUGAUUUCAGCACAGCCCCAUAGAAAGCGCUUCUUUCCAGCCAGCCACUUCCUGCCUCUGAUGUGCUCUCAGUGGUCUCGCUCCGUCAUCUGGAGGCACGCACAGGCCUUGCUCGCGCUCCGGGCAGUGGCGAGCACCCCCCUGCCCUCACGGGCCUGACGUGGACCGGCCGUGGCCUCUGUGGCUCCUCGGGCCCCCGCUCCCACCAGCGUCCCUCUGAUGCCAUGGCCGCCAAGACCCCCCACGUGAAACGGGGGGCGGAGAGAGCCGCCCACCAGAGCCCCCAUCCCGACGACCAAGCCCUGCUCCUGAGGCCGAAUCACAAGCUGCUGCCGGUCCGAGAGCGGGGCCGCCCGGCCGUGCAGAGGCGGCCGGACCCGGGGCCGUGGCGGAGCCCGCCUCCGCAGCACUGGGCCGCCGCGCAGUGGCCCGGCCGGCAGGACGGCCGCCAGCAGCGCGCCCGCGGCCCGGACCGGCCGCACCCGGCGCACCCGCCCGGCCCCGGGCGCUGCUGGCCCGCGGGGGCUCGGCCUGAGCCCCAGGGGCCGCCGGCACGGCGAGGGGCCGCCGGGCGGCCGCGGGCCCGGGAGAAGCAGAGAGCGGCCGGCCGGGGGGAGAAGCGCCGGCAGGAAGACCUGGUGCGGCUGCGGCCCCGGCCGCUCAAGUCCCGGAAGACGGCGGCGGGCGACGAGGAGAAGGGGGCCGGCAGGGCGGGGGGCCUGCCCCGCCUCGCCCCGGGGCCCCCCGAGAGGAGUAAAGGGAAGCGGGGGCCCUCGAAGACCUGCAGCGGCAGCCGCCGCCCCGAGCCGCGGGCGCCGGGAGACCUGGACGUGGGGGCGCUCUGGGCCGCGGCGGGCGGCAUGCUCCUGGGCGACCGGGAGGAGGACGGCGCCCCCGCCGGGAUGAGGGUGCCGGCGAGGUCGGCCCGCCUGCCUCCGGGCCCCUGGGGCCAGGAGGACGAGCUGGAGCCGCGGUGGCCGGGCGGCGGGGCCUGGGGCCGGGCCGCCUCGCCCCCGCCGUCCCCGCGCCCCCGCCGUGAGGGCAGCCGGUGGAAGCGGGAGCUGGAGUCGGUCUUCCGGGAGCUGUUCAGCACCAACCGGAAGCUGAAGACGCACCUGAACCGCUACCUGGAGUCCCAGUCGGGCACGGACACCUGCCCCAGCGAGAAGCGGGCGGCGGACCCGCUCACGGAGCUGGGCCUGGGCCCCGCGGCGCCCGCCGCCCGCCCCGCGGCGCCCAGCGCCAACCUGAAGGAGCUGCUGCGCCAGCUCAAGGACCGGCAGUACCUGCGGAUGGUGGAGCCCCUGUUUGCGGACGCGGGGGGCCUGGCUCCGCACCCCGAAGAGGAGGCCCUGCCCUGGUGCAGCCUGCCGCCCCUGCAUGAGCCGCCCAGGCCCGACCCGCUCCUGCCGCAGCUCCCCCCGCAGGCUCUGGCGGGCAGGGCCGGCCCAGCGGCCUGGCCGAGGCAGAGCCCGGAGCAGAGGUGGCGGCCGCAGCUGGUGGAGGUGCACGAGGUCCCGCAGCUGAGCUGGGAAGCCCUGGGCACGCCCCUGGGGGCGCCAGGAGAGGAGACGGAGAUGACGGAGACGGAGCCGGAGCUGCGGGCCCUGACCAGACCUCACCCCGCUCACCUCCCGGGGUGCACCCCUCUGCGCCUGGAGGAGCCUCGGGGAUGUGCGCGCGGCACCCCCGCCCCCGCCCCGUCCCCGCCGGCCGCCAGCAGCGAGGAGGAGGAGGAGGACGAUGACCGUGGGCACAGCCAGAUGAUCCGUGACCUCCAAGAGCAGAUUCUAGAGCAAAGCAAGUCGCACAAGCAGUUUCUCGACCAAGCCCGGCGGCGCCUGAAGGAGUUCCAGAGCGAAUGCUAGCGAGCGCACCGGGGCAAUACAGCACUGAGCUCUGUGCCAACCGACCGCGUGGUGAGGCGGACCUGUGUUGGCGUCGCCGGCCCGUUACAUGCUCUUGACCGGAAUCGAACCCGGGACCCUUCAGUCCUCAGGCCAACCCUCUAUCCACUGAGCCACACCGGUUUCGGCUGGUGACAUUCUUGUAGUGAAUAUUACUAAAGUUGGAGGAAGCAGAGAGAGGGAGGAGGAGGAGGAAGAGGAGGAGGGAGACAGAGAAAGGAAAAUGGGUCCCAGCCACUUGCACUAGGGCGUGACCCUCCGGGCUGCCGCUGGUGGGAACCCGGGUGUCUGGUCAGUACACACACACACACACACACACACACACCCCGCCCCGCUUUACCUCUGACUCCGCUGCCAUGGAACCCCACACUGGGACACGGGGCGGGGCUGGGGACUGGGACAGGGGGACAAACAUUUCCCAUGAAGAGCCUGAGAGGAGCUAGUUUUGGGGCUCGGCUCCACACCCCGCGCGGGCGGCAACAGUGGGCGGGCGGCCUGAGUGCCAGGAAGAACUGGUUUACAAAGACAUGGGCUGGACAUGGCUGGGAGCCGCAGCCUGCUGACCCCGGACCAGCCUAUCGGGAGACGGUGCCCGCCCCCUACUCCGAGGUCCCCCUGGAUCGCACACCCUCACCAGGACACGCAUUGUCUGUGAGCGGCCUCAUCGCCUGUAGACAAACCGGGAAGAGCCCUGAGCCCCCGGGCACACCCGUGCACGCCUGACACCCGGGCACACCUGGGCACACCCGAGCACGUCCUGUGGGACCCGGGCUGCCGGCUACAGAGCGGCUUCUGCCUGUGACGUCCCUCCCUGCUGCUCCCCGGGUGCAGGCCUGCUUCCCCACGGGGCUCCCAUUCCACCAGGCACGUGGACACGCAUGCGCGCGCGCGCGCACGUACACACACACACAGCAUGGAGCACGGAGCUAUUGUGUUCACUUGUGUUUGAGCUUCGUGAAAAGGCCGUGAUGUCACGUGUCCUGGGCCUCGGGACAGCCACUUCCUCCAUGUCACACGUGGCUGCCGCCUCCUGCCCCACGUGACGCCCGGAGCCUUCUUCCCGGGGUCCCAGCUUCUCUGCCGAGUCUUUCCCCCAACGA